AUGCUGUCCAGAUUUGCGCCUCGCGCAUUCGCUGCGCCAGUGAGGUACAAUGCCGCCCGAUUCACUCCGGCGCUGAGGACGGUCACCACCGAUGCCGCCAGCAGCCAUGUCGACAAGAGCGACGUUCCGAGUGUGCGGAUAUCACUUCAUAGGCUGCACUUGAUACGGAGCUAAUGAUCUUACAGGAAGACGACAAGCCCUUCUCCGUCCGCCUUAACGACGAGGCCUUCGAGACCUACGAGCUGGACCCGCCCCCAUACACCCUCGAGACCACCAAGAAGGAGCUGAAGCAGAUGUACUACGACAUGGUCGCUGUGCGGUAUGUCAGGGAGAGACGCAAAUGACAAAGAUCGUGAUGACGGACGCUGAUCCCACGUUAUAGCCGAAUGGAAAUGGCCGCCGAUCGUCUGUACAAGGAGAAGAAGAUCCGGGGUUUCUGCCAUUUGUCCACAGGCCAGGAGGCCGUCGCUGUCGGCAUCGAGCACGCAAUCACGAAGCAGGACCACUUGAUCACCGCCUACCGAUGCCACGGUUUCGCGAUGAUGCGCGGCGGAACUGUCCGCUCAAUCAUUGGUGAGCUGCUCGGCCGGAGAGAGGGUAUUGCGUACGGAAAGGGUGGUUCCAUGCACAUGUUCUCCACUGGAUUCUACGGAGGCAACGGCAUUGUUGGUGCGCAGGUUCCCGUUGGUGCUGGCGUUGCGUUUGCGAACAAGUAUGAAGGCAAGGCCAACGUGACACUUGCUCUCUACGGGGACGGAGCCAGCAACCAGGGACAAGUAUUCGAGGCGUUCAACAUGGCCAAGCUCUGGGAUCUUCCAGUGAUCUUCGGCUGCGAGAGUGAGAUGCAUACCUUGGAAGUUGUGGUGCAAAUGUACUGACAUUCUGCUCAGACAACAAGUACGGUAUGGGUACAGCCGCCAACCGCGCUGCUGCUCUCACCGACUACUACAAGCGUGGUCAGUACAUUCCCGGUCUCAAGAUCAACGGAAUGGACGUCCUCGCCGUGAAGGCCGCCGUCCAAUACGGAAAGCAGUGGUGCGCCGAGGGCAAGGGUCCGCUCGUCUACGAAUACGUCACCUACCGAUACGGAGGACACUCCAUGUCCGACCCUGGUACCACUUACAGAACCCGUGAGGAGAUUCAGCGCAUGCGGUCGACCAACGACCCAAUCGCCGGCUUGAAGCAGAAGCUGAUUGACUGGGAGGUCACGUCUGAAGAGGAGCUGAAGGGUAUCGACAAGGAGGCGCGCAGCCACGUGGACGAGGAGGUUGCUGCCGCCGAGGCCAUGCCGCCACCUGAGCCAACUCCAGAGGUCCUUUACGAGGACAUCUACGUGCGUGGAUCGGAGCCACAAUUCCUGCGUGGCAGAAUACCAGAAGAGAACUUCUACUACCCACAGCGUCCCGUUCAGGUUCCAGAGAGCCCAGCAAGGACAUAA